UCUGAAAAAAUUAACAUGAAAUCCAAGUUCUUAUCUUUCAUUUUGUUUUCAGGUUUUUGGUCUCGGCAUGUUGGAGAGAUCUCUCAACCUCCUGUAGCAGUUCCUAUACAUCCUGCUGAGCACUAUCAUCUUCACACUAAACCAGUCCCGGACCUGCCUCCGGAUACACCUGUAGUCAGGGACCCGGACGCGUUUAUCUACUUCAGGGAGAACGAGGGCAGAUUUCUAGCAGGAGGGUUUGAACCUAUUGCUAAACCUGCCUACCAAGAUGAGGAUCUGCCUAGUAACCGACGAGAUAUAGAGGAGGACUGGGAUCAUUUUCAUCUUCUUCUGGAGAAUAUUCUUCACAGAGUACCCACCAUGAAGUCUGCCCUACUGGAGAGUCUAUGUAAUGGAGCUGAAGCUUUUUCUCCAGACGGAAAAUGGGUUUUAGGACAGGCAACUGAAAUCGCAAACUACUAUGUGGCGGCGGGUAUGCGAAGUAACGGUAUUGCCUCCGCCGGCGGUGUGGGAACGAUUAUAGCGGAUUGGAUUGUGAACGGUAGACCGCCAUUUGAUCUGUAUGGAUUGGAUAUAUCACGUUGUCUCGGUAUGCACAACAACAAAAGGUUCCUGAGGGAUAGAGUCAAGGAGGUUCCAGGUUUAAACUGUUCCAUUAACUUCCCUCAUGAAGAGUUUACAACGGGCCGAGCUCUUAGAACUAGUCCUAUCUUCCCUAAACUACAGCUAGCAGGAGCACAGUUCGGUCAGGUUAUGGGUUAUGAGAGACCAAUGUUCUUUAAGAUGGCUGCACCUCAAUCCCUUGACCUCGGUCUCCUGGGUCUUGACUCUCAGGAUGAUGCAACCUCUAAUCAGGGUCAGACAUUGAAAUUACCGAUUGCCAAAACUGAAACCUUUUACAGACCACCAUGGUUCCAGGCAGCUGCUGAAGAGUUCCAGGCAACUAGGGAAGCUGUAACUCUUUGUGACUAUUCAUCUUUUGCCAAAAUGGAUCUUUGGUCUUCAGGCAGAGAGGUUGUAGAUUUUCUGCAGUAUCUCUGCAGUAACGACGUUGAUAUCCCUGUCGGCCAUAUUGUUCAUACUGGGAUGCAGAACCAACAUGGAGGAUAUGAGAACGAUUGCAGUGUUGCUAGACUAUCAGAGAACAGGUAUAUGUUGAUGUCUCCUUCAAUCCAGCAAAUGAGAUCCUAUACAUGGAUGAAGAGACAUCUACCUAAGGAGGUCGUUCUAGAGGAUGUAACCUCGUUGUAUACUGCUCUAUGUGUGAUGGGACCCUUCUCUCGAGCCCUGAUGGCUCGUCUUACAACAACUAGUCUGGAUUCUAGAUCCUUCCCGUUCUUUACAGCUAGAUAUAUGGACGUAGCGUGUGCCCCUGAUAUCCUUACAAUGAAUAUGACGCAUACUGGGGAGCUAGGAUAUGUGUUCUAUAUACCGAAUGAGUUUGCUCUGCAUGUGUUCAACGCUAUAGUUGAAGCUGGUAAAGAGUUUGGUUUAAAGCACUGUGGAUACUACGCUAUGAGAGCAGUCAGGAUUGAGAAGUUUUACGCUUUUUGGGGACAAGAUCUUGACAGUCAUACUACUCCUAUGGAGUGUGCCAGAGCUUUCAGAUGCAAGAUGAAAUCCGACAUUCCAUUCAUAGGUAGAGAAGCACUCCAGAACCAGCUUGAUACUGGGAUAAAGAAGAUGUUUGUUAUGCUGAUCCUGGAUCAUAUUGAUCAUAAUUCAGACCUAGAUCCUUGGCCCUGGGGCGGAGAACCUAUAUAUAGGAACGGAAAGUAUUGUGGAACUGUAACAACAACCUCCUACGGGUUCUCUCUAGCUCGUCAGAUUUGUCUAGGGUUUAUUCAAGACCUAGAUCAGGACGGAAACCCACAGUACAUUGGACCUGAAUUCAUCAAGAAUGCUGAGUUUGAGGUUGAUAUAUGCGGUGUCAACUAUCCAGCUCAGUGUAGGCUUAAUCCUCCAGUUCUACCUAAGAAGGUUACUCUGGAAGGUCCGAUGCCCGCAAACUUCGGACAUCGCUAGUUCACAACAUUUUUAUCAUACAGUCAGAUACUGAUACAUUGUACAUACAGUGUUCAUAGUACGGUGUUAACAUAUAUGUAUCUUUAAUUAGUCAUUCUUCCUUAAUUUCCAAACCUUAGUUAAUAUUUAUUUCCUCUGUUAACUUUUAUUUUAUUUGCAACAAAAUUCCUAAUAAACAUAGAAAACAUUAAA